AGUCCCAUAGGGCUCGCUAUGUAUUAAUGUAUAAUAGCUACGCACUAAAGAUUCUGCUAGGAUCGAAAGCUUAGGCCCCUUUUGACUUUCAAGUUUAAGAGUAAACUGAUGACCACCAUUCAUUGUUCUGAUUUGAAUAGGUUAAUCGAGAUCAUUGUCUGUCGUUAUGUUAAGACAUGGUCAGAGUACCAGCAGCUCUGAGGACGAGAAACAAUAAGCAACUAAACUUAAGAACAUAACAAAAGAAUAAUCUCAGUUGGUCCAGUUUCUGCAUGCUAUUUGCAGCACAAAGAGAGAGAAAAAGCUGUGCAGCGAUCAGUUUUCGUAGAGAGAAACAGAACUAAGUUGGGCAAAUGAUUUGACAAGUUUCUCUCCUAGAUUGUAAUUUACCCAAGACUGUAACCGAAGGUCAGUCAGGUUAUAGAACAUUUUUCAACCAUAUCUCAUUCCGGCUUGGUCCGGAAUUGUUGCACGGCUUUCAGACAGAAUAAUUCCUCGGUCAUUUCGGGCUCUGCUGAGCGCGCGAGCAGGCUCGGGGACAACAAACAUCAUUCGCAAUCUCGCUGACCAAAGGACUGGUCACUCUCCCUGUGAAGCUCCGGCCGUUGAGAUGGCUGGCUCAGGGGCGGCGUCGGCGUCGAUUCGAUGUUGGAUGAGCUCAGGAACAAAGGGACCCGCGUCCACGGGAUGGACUGUGAUGACGGUGACGAUCAGACAGUACUCUGGUUUUCCGAGUUUUUCCUCCAAAUGGACCCCAGGGAGAACUCUCUCGCGAUGGCCACUCGCAUCAGCCUCUCCAGACCAAAGCCCAUUACAGGUUACCGCAGCUGGUGAUUUGAAGACAGCUAAUGCUGACGAACUUCAUCGGCUCCUCGUGGCACACAAAUUUGACUAUAUCCGCUUUGAGCAAAGUGACAUGCACGGACUGGCCAAGUGCAAACUGGUCCCGAUAACCAACGUCAAGGGCAAGAUGACCAAAGGCAUCAACUUCUCCUUGAGUCACAUGAUCCGAGAUCCGCACGGAACAAAGGUUCGUGGGACAGGUCUGUGGUACGAGAAGGGGAUGGGAGAUGGAGCCGGAGUGCCGGAUCUAUCGUCCUUUAGGGUGUUGCCUUGGUGUGAUGGUGCUGCCAGGAUCAUCGUGGAUCUCACUGUGGAUGGCGAACCUUUGGACGCACAUCCUCGGAACAUCGCGCGACGGCAGGUCGAGGAGUUAGAUUCCAUGGGGAUAUCGCUCUUGGCUGCUCACGAGUUUGAGUUCGUGGUGGAGGAUGAGAAGACUCGAAUGCCAAUCUUUGAUGGACUGAACUGCGGUUACCUGAUGAACAUCUCCCGCGCAGAGUCCCUCGUUCAGCAGUUCACCCGACAUUUGCCACGGAUGGGACUGAACGUGGAGACCGUGGAGAGUGAAGCAGGGGCAGGCCAACUGGAGAUCACCUACAGACCCACUUCCGGUCUCAGCAUCGGAGAUAAUGGCUACACCUUGAAAACUUCUGUUAAAGAGAUCUGCCAGAGACAAGGUUACGUCGCAUCUUUCCGAUCGAAGCAUUCAAAGGACUGUACAUCGUCUUCCCACUUUUGUCACUCUCUCUGGGACCGAAGCAACACGACAUCGCUCCUCUAUGAUCCACACCAUCCACAGAUGCUGUCGAAACUUGGACAACACUGGUUGGCUGGGUUAAUCCACCACGCCCCUGCCUUGACGCUUCUGAUGUGCCCGACCAUCAACUGCAUCAACCGCCUCGGUACCACACCUUCAACACCCACCACGACGUCCUGGGGCGUGGACAACCGCUCGUGUGCCUUCCGUUUAAGCAAGCCACCUAAGGACGGUAACCCGGACUCCUUCUUCAUAGAAAACCGGAUGGGAGGGGCAGGAAGUAACCCCUACCUCACUAUGGCAGCUACCAUCGCUGCUGGUAUUGAUGGCAUCCGGAACGAGAUUCCUCUCCCCGCUCCAGUCCAGGGCGUGGCUUCCUCCACGAGUGGCGCCAAUCAAAAACUCCCAAGAACUAUGAAGGAAUCUUUGGAUGCCUUCCAUGCUGAUAAUGUUGUACUGAAAGCAAUGGGAAGGGACUUUGUCCAGUGCUUCACUGCCCUUAAGGAGGAGGAGUUACGAUUGCAUCAUAGAGCUGAAGAAAAUGGAGAUCAUUCUUGGCAUUACGCAUUUGUGGAGCAUAUUUAAAAGAGACUUAAAUUACAAUUUCUUUACUAUCAUAUAGCAGUACUAAGUUCCCUUGUAUACAACCUUGUGCUUAUCUUUCAGCUGUACACAACAUUAACAAGAAGAAUAGCUUGAGGUGAUGUUUUUUUAAGACGUGUUCUAGACAAGAAAUGGAAAACACAAGAAUGAUUCUAAUCUGUUUCUAAUUCUUUGGCCGUCGACCAGUAUUCUUCAAAUGUCGUUCUGAGAGGGGAUGUGAAAAAUCUGUAUUUUUGAUAACACCCCGGCCUUCUCCGAUUAACUAUGAAAAUGAACAAUGAUGUUUAUUCCACAACUUUAAAUUUUUGAUCCAAAUGCAAAUCGAAAAUCGGUUAAAAAUUAUAUACCUCCAAAUUUUCGACGGCACACUGCAGUCUUCUUCAAGGACAUUAUGACCCGUCUGAUCACCGCCGGAAGUGACGAAGUGGAGAAGAAUGGGUAAAGUCUUUGUGGAUGUUUCACUAAUUUAGUUUAUUUUUUAUUCGAUAAUGUUUAUUCAUGUUCGAUUUGGAAUUAUAUGAUUUGAACUUCAUGUUGAGAUAUGAAUUGUCAAAAAGAUGUUUUGCAAACACAUCGGUCCAUAAUUUUGUUAUUGGUAUAUCUCUUAACAGGUUACUAAUUAAACCCAACAAGAAACAUUUUUUUCAAAAGUGUCACCUCUGUAAUACCAUGUGUGACUGUAUUCAUCCUGUAAUUCUCGCCUGAUAUAUCAAUCAACACUGUAUUCAAUGUUAUUGAAAUACACACAAGUGACCAUCGUGACAUUCUCAGCAUCAGAGUAAAAUUUCGGUUUUAUUUAUCUUUUUUUUUUCUUCAAAGGAAUGAUUUAAUAUCCAUGCUACGUCUAUAAAUCGUUCUUAAUAAUUCUUCAAUUAUCAAUAUUAAUGGGUUUUUUCGAAUGUUCAUAUGUAUAUAUAUAUAUCUAUCACAAUCUUGUUGAUUACUUUUUGAUGAAGAUUUCCUGAUCAACUUGGGGUUUUCAUAUUUUACUUCCCCAAAAUUGUCUGAUAUUUAAUGUACUUUUUAAUUAAAUUUGAUCAAUUAAAAUGCAAUAUUCUCAAUGGAAAUAACGAGUAUUUAUAGCAAAUGAAUCAUUUUAAUAAUUAUUUGAUAAUAAACACUAAUUUCGAGUGUCUCCAAUGUUUGAUUUUCUCCAGGAAAAUAAUGUAAUAAACCAUGUGCAAAGAAUCAAAGAAUUGAUGCCAAAUGGGGUAGAUUAUAGUAAAACAAAAUGUAUAUUUUUUAAGUAAAUGUGAAUGCUUUUGCUUUUUGUUGUUUAGUACGUACGUUAUAUCUACAUGCAUGUAUUUAUGUAUAUAUCCAGUAUCAUAACACUGUCUUUAAACCGAUGAAGUAUUUUCAAUACAUGCAUAACUUUUAUAUCAUUUUUUUAAUAAACGGAAUGAAAAUACA